GGGGCGCAUGCGCGCGAGUUAGCACCGGGUCCUAUCUAGGAGUGUCCGAUCUGCCGGGGCUGGAGAGGAGAGGCAGGAGCAGCCCGCUUGAGUUCCUGACUCUGUGGUACAGGUGAACAGGUAAUGAAAUCGUCUCUUUUAUCCUACUUGCCUGUAUAGUUUUGAUCCAUCAUGGAUAAUCUGUCGUCAGAAGAAAUUCAGCUAAGGGCUCACCAAGUUACCGAUGAGUCUUUGGAAAGUACAAGGAGAAUCCUGGGCUUAGCCAUAGAGUCUCAGGAUGCAGGAAUCAAGACUAUUACUAUGCUGGAUGAGCAAGGAGAACAACUAAAUCGCAUAGAAGAAGGCAUGGACCAAAUAAAUAAAGACAUGAGAGAGGCAGAGAAGACUUUAACAGAACUCAACAAGUGCUGUGGCCUUUGCGUCUGCCCUUGUAAUAGAUUCUCAGAUGGUGCUUGUUUCUUUGAAACCAGGACGAAGAACUUUGAGUCUGGAAAGAACUAUAAGGCAACAUGGGGAGAUGGUGGAGACAACUCACCUAGCAAUGUAGUAUCUAAGCAACCAGGACGGGUAACAAAUGGUCAGCCUCAGCAAGCCACAGGAACAGCCAGCGGUGGAUACAUUAAACGUAUAACUAAUGAUGCCAGAGAAGAUGAGAUGGAAGAGAACCUGACUCAAGUGGGCAGUAUCCUAGGCAAUCUAAAGAACAUGGCUCUGGACAUGGGCAAUGAAAUUGAUGCUCAGAACCAGCAAAUACAGAGGAUCACAGAAAAGGCUGACACCAACAAAGAUCGGAUUGACAUUGCCAAUACAAGAGCAAAGAAACUCAUUGACAGCUAAAGCCACUGCUGUACUUCUUUACCAGUUUCUCCGUUCUCUAGCUCCUCCUAAGUCAUUACCUGUUCAGAGUUUGAAAGUUGGUGAAAGAAGGACCAGAGGAGGAAUGCCUCCCUACUUCUUCCUUUCUGUCCUUUGGGGUAGGUUCCUGCUUAGGCUUCACUACAGCCUCUCCCCGUUCACACUCCUAAGCUGCUUUCCGUGCAUCACACCCAGUCCAUCAUCCUCCUCACUUAGCAUCUUUGCUUUCAAGAUUUGGAAGCAUUGCCAAAGAGCCAUGAAGUGUGGGUGUCUGUAUAAGUAGCUUUUGUUGUUGGUUGGUUGGUUUGGUUUUAGUUUUGUGGUAAAGAGCAAGAGGAAGGAAGAAGAAUUGAAGUUGUUAACUCAUUAAAGAAACUACAGGUCAGGAAAACGAAACAGGCUAAUGCCCGGGCUGGGAGGUUUUACUCAUGCAUUUUUUUUUUUUACAUCACUAUUUCGCAGCUUCUGCUCCAAAGGAGAACACAGUGGGUUUUCUUACAGUGAGCUUCACUGAGUUUGUAGUGAUUUGUAUAUGUACAUAGGUUCUGGGAUCCCGUUUCAUACUGCACAUGUAGAAAUUCUCGUAUCAGGAGUCAUAGCAUGGUCCCAUUGUAGACCUGUUAACCUCGUGAAGUUGUCAUUAAUCUUUUAAAGAUGUACAUAUAUAUAUGAAAUAUAAGACUUCCUCACUAAAGCAGGGCUUCAAAAUUUUGGGUAAAGUUUGACAGUGUAUCAUGUGAAUUCAGAUUUACCUCAAUACUAAGAAUUACGUUUAGAUAUGAAAAAGAAAACUUGUUUUGAUCUCAGGUAGCAAAAUAGAUUACUUUGGAUUUUGUGUAGUUUUAGACAUUUAAAAAGUUAUAAUUUGUUACUAAAAGUUGUUUAGGAAAUAAGGCCUUCAGAUUAAUCAUUGAUGACUGUACUGCCACCCCCUCUGCUGUAUGUUCAGAGUCACGCCUAUGUAGAUCCUGCAAUGCUGGGAAUGCUGAGUUGCUGUUGUCACCUUUGUUUAAGAAUUAGCAUCUGUACACUUUAGAGCUACCAAAGUAGAUUGGCUUGACCAAUAACCAUUACUUGAUUCUUACAAUUAAAUUUUGUAACUAAUGGUAUUGUUCUUUCAAAUAGGCAACAUGUUUCUGACUUAUUUGUGGGGGCGAUCAUUUAAUCAGUUAACAAAUCGAAUAAAGCAAAUGUCCACCCAUCAAGCACUGCAACUGAACGCUGCAAUUAGCUCUUUUCCAAUUUUUAUUAGGAAUGUUUAUAGGAGUUUCUGUGGCUGUUCACGAGUCCGUUCUAGUCAUUAAUUGUCUUAGUCAUUUGAACUUAAAUCCACUGAGUAUUUCUUUUUUUUUUUAAAUAUUUUAUGGUUUAUUUAACUUUUAUUUUAUGUGCAUUGGUGUGAAUGUGUCAGAUCCCUGCAACUGGAUCUUCAGACAUUUGUGAGCUGCCAUGUGGGUGCUGGGAAUCAAACCUGGGUCCUCUGAAGGAGCAGUCAGUGCUCCCAACCACUGAGCCAUAUCUCCAGCCCCCACUGAGUAUUUCUAACUGGAAGUUAGUUACAAGUCAUUUACUAAAGACGACACAGCUCAGAAACAUCCCAAGGGUGAGGAGGACAGUAUUGAAGUUAAACAACAGAGAAAUGCUCCGAAACAGGAUGGAUAGUUUGUCAGGUAAAGGGAUUGAAUGUAUAAAGUAUAACUAAGUUUAAAACACUAGAUAGUGCUAUACCUAAAAGUGCUUUUCUUUUAGCAUUGAUCUGGCUAAAGAAACGGUACUGCAAGGUGGGAUCCAAGGUUUAGUUGGUUGGAACAUGUAUUAAAGCACCCAGUUGUCAGUUUUUCCUUUGCUCUCAUUGGCAGGUAUGAAUGUGUGCCUCUUUCCGUGCCUUGGUUUCCUUACUUAUAAAUGGGAAUUAAUUAAUCCUACUUCAUAAACUAAUUCACAGAAUGGUAAUGCCGAGAAAUCUCUUAGAGUAAGCAGGGCUCAGAGGCUACACUGGUAAUCCCAUCGCUGGGGAACCUGAGGCAGAGCCAACCUAUGCAUUGAAUUGUGGGCCAGCCUAAGCUACAUUUAGAUAAAAACACCCUCCCCCCCCACCAAGACAAACAAAAACCUUAGAAUGGUGCCUGUCAGGUGUACAUGUAAUAAAUAAUAGCUAUUUUCUCUAGAA